AUGGUGGACGAAACUUCUGCAUCUGCUAGUAUUGACCAACCCUUGCCAUCACAAUUAAUUGAUUCUAGUCAAAAUGAAAUGCCACCUCUUACUGGACCAACUCCACCAACUCCUCCUCUUGUAGCUAUUGAUCCUGCCUCUAACCUUGCACAAGAUUGUGGUCCAGAGAAUGUGAGCAGAAAGAGAAAAGAGCCUGCGAAAAAGAGUAAACAAUCACAAGUUUGGGAGCAUUUUGUGAAGUUACCUUUGGAAGAAACAAAUAGAGAGGUUAGAGCUUCUUGCAAAUACUGUCAUGCAACUUAUGCUUGUGACCCAAACAAGCAUGGGACAACAUCAUUGAAAAGGCACUUUCCAAAAUGUCCUAAAAACCCACAUAAAGCUACCACAAUACCAAAGCAAUCAAUGUUGAACUACGUGACGCCAAGUGGACAAGGAGGGGGCUUAGUCUCUCAUGUUUUCAAUCAAAAACGAUGUAGAAGGGCAUUGGCUAAAUUUAUUAUUUGUGAUGAGAUGCCAUUUAGGAUAGUUGAGAAGUAUGGGUUUAGAAAUUUUGUGAGAGAGCUAGAACCAAGAUUUCGAAUCCCUUCGCGAACAACAGUUGCUAGAGAUUGUUGGCAACUAUACCUUGGAGAAAUCAAGAUAUUGAAGCAAGUGUUGAAGAAGUCUGCAAAUCAUGUUUGCUUGACAACUGAUUGCUGGACAUCUACUCAAAAUUUCAAUUACUUACGCCUUACUUGUCAUUUCAUUGAUCCUGAGUGGAAGUUGCACAAGAGGAUAUUAAAUUUCAGCAUGAUUGAGAAUCAUAGGGGUGACACAAUUGGAAAGACAAUUGAGAAGUGUCUAUUAGAAUGGAGAAUUGAGAGGGUGUUUACCAUAACAAUGGACAAUGCAUCAUCUAAUGACACGGCUUUGUCUUAUUUGAAAAGAAGGCUUAGGAAUUGGAAAGGCAUGGUUUGUGGGGGUGAUUACCUUCAAUUAAGAUGUUGUGCGCAUAUUCUUAACUUGGUGGUUAAUGAUGGGUUGAAGGAGUUGAAGAACAGCUUUGAUGCAAUUCGCAAUGCAAUUAAAUAUGUUCGUUCUUCUCCUGCUCGUCUCCAAAAGUUUAAAAGUGUUGCUGAGUUGGAGAAAUUAGACACUACUAGCCUUGUUUGCCUUGAUGUCAAUACUCGGUGGAAUUCAACUUACUUGAUGUUGGAAUCCGCUUUGAAGUUUCAAAAGGCUUUUGAACGCCUAGAAGAUGAAGAUGAAGAUUAUAUGGGGCAAUUCAUUGGAGGCACUAAGCGUGAAGGCCCUCCUAAAGCUAGUGAUUAG